AUGGCGCUCGAAGACCGCUUCGAGGUCGUCAAGGAGAUUGGCGAUGGAAGUUUCGGCAGCGUCGUCCUGGCUCGAACCCGGACGGCGGGCGCAGCUGUUGCCCGCCGAGGCACUCUUGUCGCAAUCAAGUCCAUGAAGAAGACGUUUGAGUCUCUGUCGCCAUGCCUUGAGCUUCGAGAGGUCGUCUUUCUCCGAACCCUCCCUCCUCAUCCCCAUCUCGUUCCCGCUCUCGACAUCUUCCUAGAUCCCUUUACGAAAAAGCUACACAUUGCCAUGGAGUACAUGGAGGGCAAUCUGUACCAGCUGAUGAAGGCCAGAGACCACAAAUAUCUCGACAACUCAAGUGUCAAGAGCAUCUUGUUCCAGAUUAUGCAGGGUCUCGAGCACAUCCACUCCCACAACUUCUUCCACCGCGACAUCAAGCCCGAGAACAUUCUCGUUUCGACGUCUGCCCACCAGGACACCUCAAACUCAUUCCGAAGAUACUCUGCCCUGGUCACCCCACCCUCGACUCCUCCUACUUACACCGUCAAGCUGGCUGAUUUCGGUCUCGCCCGUGAGACUCACUCCAAGCUUCCAUACACCACCUACGUCUCCACAAGAUGGUACCGAGCGCCCGAGGUUCUGCUGCGCGCCGGCGAGUAUUCGGCGCCCGUCGACAUCUGGGCCGUCGGCGCCAUGGCCGUGGAGAUUGCUACGCUGAAGCCGCUGUUCCCUGGUGGAAACGAGGUUGACCAGGUGUGGAGAGUUUGCGAAAUCAUGGGCAGCCCCGGAAACUGGUACAACAAGGCCGGUGCCCGCGUUGGAGGAGGCGAAUGGCGCGAAGGUACUAGACUGGCCUCCAAGCUGGGCUUCUCUUUUCCCAAGAUGGCGCCUCACGCCAUGGACACCAUCCUGCAGACUCCUCAGUGGCCGCCUGCGCUGAGCCACUUUGUCACCUGGUGUCUGAUGUGGGAUCCCAAGAACCGUCCUACGUCUACGCAGUCUUUGAACCACGAAUACUUUGCCGAUGCUACGGAUCCGUCAAGACCCAAGUCAUCUGCUUCCAAGAUUCUGGGUCGCAAGCAGUCCGAUCUGAGCCGCGCCUCCAAAGAGGGUCUGGCCCCUUCAAACUCCGUCUCAAAGCCUUCUUGGUUCCGCAAGUCGCUCAUCGGCCGCAGCGACAUUCCCGAAACCGUAGUUGUUGCCCCCAUCCAGCCGUCGCCUGUGCAAACCUCCAGCACUGUCGAUACCGCCAAUACUAAGCAGGUUGCCAAGUCCAAGCGGACCACUUGGGCCAACGGUCUCUCCAGCGCGGCGCCAAUGCCAAUUCUGCCUUCCAUCAAGCCUAUUUCGCCAUUGUCCGAUGCCGUGACGGCGCGUGCCAACAGCAACACCGACAGCCUGGACAAGAGCAAGAAGCUUGGCCGACAGCUCUCUGUGAACUCGAGCAACAACAACUAUACCGAGCUGCACCGCGCUCAGGCCGAGCGCGCUCUGAAUGGGCAGACAGGCCUUGCGUCACCUCCUAGCGCUCACAAGGAGAGCUUCUUCUCGCACCUUCGCAAGCGAGCUAGACGCUUCUCUGGCCGCCACCAAACUCCUGUUUCGCCAGCAUACGACGACAUGGAAGCGCAAGUGGGAUGCAGCCCUUGGAACAGCAAUCGAUCGUCUAUGCUUGUUGACCAGCAAGUGAGCGUCGUCCCAAAGGUGGAGGGAGGAUAUGAGUCCUUGGACAAGGCCCUGCACGAUGUCCAGGGCUCUGAGCCCAGAGCUCCCGUUCCCCCGUCACAUCAGCUUGCCGCCGCCGGAAAGCUUAAGCGCCACCACUCGCUGCCGUAUCAACAGCCCAGAUCUGUCGACAACCUGAUUGGCGCCGCCCGAAACGGCCCCAUCUCAAGCCGAACUCGACGUGCCCAAGCGGUUCACGAUGUUCAGCAGUACGAGACACCGGCUGAGGAAGACGAGCUCCUCGAUGAGGCUCUUACCGCGACUCAGCGGGCGAUGAAGCGCUUGGAAAACAACACGAAGCCGCUGCGACAGUCUGCGAGCAACUUGGGCCUGUCCAGCUCUCAACCAUACCCCAGUCCAUCACCGUCUGCCAACAGCAACCAACUGCUCUACGCAGAUGGCGCUGAGGCCAUGGCACCGAAGCCUCUCGAUCUCAGCAAGAAAACCUCGAACCAGUACAAGUGGCCCACUCCCCCGUACGAGGGUGGUGAGUGGAGCGCUUCGGCUUCCGCAAGCAUUUGGGCUGCUGGAAACCGCAUCUAAGAGAUUCCAUUAAUAAUUUGUUUAUCGCGCGAUGGAGGGAGUCUCUUUUGUUUUUUCUUCUCUUGGACAUGUUCAUGUUCAGUGGUGAGGCAACAAAAAAAAAGUUGGGUUUUUUUAUUAUUAAUAUGGCGUGUGCUAUUUUUUUUUCUUCGCAUGAUAAAUGGUGUUUUGGUGUUGGUGUGCGACACAUUUUCUCUCACUCCUUGGAUCUUGAGUCGCCGGGUCGACCAUCAUAUCAUGGGCUUUUUUUUAUUUUCCGACAUUUUCGAUUGGGGUAUUAAAUUCUUUUGGUUUAUUCUGCGUAUUUCGGCUGGCACAAACACCUACUCCUACAUACAUCCAUCUACACACGAUAUAUCGCCCUCGGGAAGGUUUUCGACAAAGACGAAUCGGAGCCGCAGCUCGAGGCAGCCUUCGAAUUAUUUAUUAUACCUUUUGGAUUUUAUUUCGCUUCUUUCGAUAUUUGAAACAAUUUGAGCGCGCUUUCAAAGCACCCGAAAUACCCCCAUGAUAGACUGAAAAAAAAGAAGGGCGAGCAUGGCCCUCGCCUUGCUUGAACCCACAUACCUCACAUAGUACACCAUAUUAUAUUAUUUCCUUUGUCAAAAUCGUUUCUUUUUUCUUUUUUUCUAUCUUUUUUUUAUACCAAAGAGGGGAGAAGACGAGAAGAGGAAGAAUGAGAAGAAGAAAGAAAGACUGAAGAUUAGGGACCGGAGUCUGCGGCGUUAUUUCUCUUGUUUCUGCUGUGGUGGGAAUACUCACAUAUAUAUAUCUAUAGUAUAUCUCUUCUUUACGGUCGUUUUUGCCAACUAUUUUUUGCAAUCAAAAGAUCCCCCAGAUUUUGUGGCUGAGGCAAUAUAGGCGCAAUUUUUGUUAAUUGCUAUUUUCAUUGGAGACUGGAGUUUUUAUCUGAUGUGAACACUGGUUCUUUAUAUUGCGUAUUUACUCUACACCCCUCACACAAUUUGUUCAAAGCAACGAAGCAUAAUUUAUCAGUCUCAUUUUGUUCCAUUUUAUCAACUUGUUAAAUGUCUAGUGAUUGAUUCUCGAGUUGGAAAUCUUUUUGAAGUGUAAUGACGAGGAGCGAACCAAAGGGGAUACAUCGUAUCGUAUAUGAAGAAAUCUCCGUCUACCGCUUAUUAACACCCGCUGCGGCUGUAUUUUGAUGCCUAAACGGUACUGUGUGCGCCCGUACUUGGUUGUAAGGGUUGCAAGUGGGACAGGACAGGACACCAUGUAAGCGUAUUCGGCGGAGUUGCGCCCUCGCUCCCUUUUGUAUUUCGUCUAUCC